UGUUAAGACUUAACAUACGGUGAAGCCCGCGGCGCCGGCCACCUCAGUCGUAUCGCGCGCGCCGUCCGAGAUACACGUCAACAUGAAACCUCUAGUCCUCGCCCUCCUCGUCGCUCUCGCGGCGGCCCAGGACGCCAAACCGCGCCGCGAACAGUUCCGAGUUAUAUACGAGUGGAACGUGAUCGACUUCGAGUGGGAAUCCCCCGGCGAUCGGGAGGCGGCCGUCAACGGCAGCCGCUACAUCCCCAAAAAUGUGCUCAUCUCGGGCAUCAACUACUACGGCGAAAAUAUUUACCUGACGCUCCCGAGGCUGCUCGACGGCGUGCCGGUCACGCUGGCGACCAUCCCCGCCUUCCAGAACCAGACCACGGCGCCCAAGCUGCGGCCGUUCCCCAGCUGGGAGGACAACGCCAUCGGCGACUGCGAGGCGCUGCAGUUCGUCCAGAACGUCGAAAUCGACCGCAACGGCCUCAUGUGGAUCCUGGACAACGGCCGCGUCGGGACCCUCACGCAGAACCCCACCGCCAAGUGCCCCCCCUCGAUCGUCCUAGUGGACCUUAAGGCUGGCAGCACAAAAAUGGAAAGGAUUCCGCUGCCGGCGGAAACCGCGAAUCCUAGCAGCUCCUACCUGAACGACCUGGUGGUGGACAACCGCGCGGACGGCGACUACGCCUACAUUACCGACAACAGCGUCGUCGACCCCGGCAUAAUCGUGUUCAGGCGGAGCGACAAAAAGUCCUGGAAGCUGCGCGACAAGAAAUCGAUGACGGCCACCGAGGAGGCCGCGCUGUUCCGCAUCAACGGCACUACUGUGAAACUACCCGUGAGCCUGGACGGCAUCGCGCUCGGCCCGCAGUUCUUGGUGGAAGGUGAUCAGAUAGAGCGGACGGUGUACUACUGCCCCCUCGCGAGCUACCACCUAUUCGCCGUCAACGCUUCCGUCCUCCGCAACGAGACUUUAGCUGAGAAGGGGGAGGGCGCGCUCAGACCCUACGUCGUCGACCUCGGGACGAAGCCCUCGCAGACCGACGGCAUGAAGAUGGACGCCGCCGGCUCACUGUUCUUCGGUCUGAUAGGCAACUCGACCAUCGCGGAAUGGAAUACUACGCUUGCCUUCGAUGUGGGUCAACGCACGAUCGCGCGCGACCAGAAUUACAUACAGUGGGUGGAUCGUUUCACUUUCGACGACCGCGGCAACCUGUACGUGGUCAUCAACCGGCUGUUUAAUUUCAUCAAGAACCAGGUGACGACGGACGAGGUCAACUACAGGAUACUGAGAUCGCACACGGGGUCCAGGAGCUACGUGUACUCGGAGAUCGCGGCGCCGACGGAGCCUCCGGCUCAGGGCGCCGCCCCCGCGCACACCCUCGCGGCCUCGCUACUCCUUGUGGCCUUCGCCCAUAUUCUCGCCUAGAAUAAGUCCAGUGCAUAGCACUAAUGCGUCAAACGAUGCGUUCCAUUACCAAAUAUAAUGUUACCUGGAAACAUUCCUGUCAGUGAUAUACCGCGAUGUAGAUAGCUUUUAUUUUAUAUUUAGACGUAUCUGUGGUCGAUUGUGAAGACGAUCCGUGUCGUCGUAGAAUUCAAAUGUCGAGGACGCGCCGGCAAAUUCCGAGAGUAAACAAACAUAAUAUUUUUGUAACGAAAACGAGAUGCGCACUAUUUAAAUUGCAUUAAGGACGGCCAAUAUUUAAAUAAGUCUUUUAGGUGAUAAGUUACUUCUCAUAUAGUGUAAGUUAUUGACGAACUAAUAUAUUAUAAUGUAUGUACAUAUCAUGUGAGCGAGGGUGACGAUAAUAAACGUGUUUAUCACAU